AUGGGGUGCAAGGCAUUACUACGUACGUCAUUGCGUGACUCAACAAUCGAUGGAUGGAUGGAUGGAUGGAUGCAUAGUGUAAACAUUCCGGGUGGUGCUUGUAAAUUAUGUUCUGUAGAUUUGCAACGCUCGGCCAGCAUAAAAAUUUUAAAAAAUUCAAAUUUAAAUCUUAUUUUAUUCAGACAAGGGAACAACGGAUGAUUCUAUCAGAAUCAUUAUCAUAGCGACAACAGUGGGUGCUGGGGUAUUCCUUGGCAUCACACUUAUCGUCUUAUUGAUAAAAUACAAACGAUUGAAGCGGGCUUCAAAAUUAUCAAUUCCUGUCAAUAUUCCAUUGGAGGUGAAUGAAAUUUCACUACAACCAUUGCCAGUUGAUGAAGUAAAUUAUUUAUGGUCAUGGUGUUGGUGAUACAGUGAAUGGUAUUACAUAUGGGAUUCCGGGAAGAACAGAUUGAGCUGAUAAAGUUAUCCAAUAUAAAUAGUUUUAGUUUAGGUUUCUUCUUGUAGUAGCACUGGAGGAAUAAGAGAUGGGCUCACUGAACCUCUAGAAUUGAUAGAGCUAUCUAGUAUAAGUAAAUUUACUUUAGUUUGUACUUGAACUUCGAGGGUUUUUCUGUCUCCAGUUUUUCUCUAUCAUAAAAAUCCAACUCUUAGAAAUUAGUUGUCAAGCACGUGCAUGUAUCGUGUGCCUCUGACUCGGGUGAGUUGGGCAACCACACGCUGUGUGUAAUCGUCAUUAAAUAAAUCAAUCAUUCUUAUCAAAAAACAGGAGGCAGUUUACGAAACUGUUCCGAACGUUGAUCAAGGGUUUUACGAAGACGUUGCCACAAAUGCAAACGAGUCUGAAGACAUAUCAGCUGAAGGUCAGUAAUAUCACAGAUUAUAGAUAUUAAUAUCUAACCUGUGGUAAUAAGCGUAUAAGAAUUAGUAUAAAAAAUUAUACUAACUUUGGUAUGUAAAUUAUUUGCUCAUUCUAAGAAGAAAUGUAAUAAUAUAUCUUGGUUGAAAAGAAAUCAAUCUUGAUAAAUGUUUUCACUGAGAAGUAGUAAAGAACGAGGAUGAGAGUUGGUAAGAGGUAAUAAAGGUUGAAACUUUCGCUCGUGUUUGACCACCAAAUUUUCAACUUUGAAUUUCAAAUUUUGAUGAGAGUUUUUGCUGCGCGCGUUAAUAUCAGGUCAAAUCUCGUCAACUGUCAGUACCUCUUGUUCUCGUUUGACCAGGGAGAUUUGUAAUCGUCUUUUGUUUAAUUAAAGGUCAGGCAUCACUUCACAACUGGACAGGAGUUCUAUCAAAUGCAGACAAGACGUCUGGGUACGAAACAUCAGUCGAAAAUGAACAUCAGACGUUUGCGUACGAAACAUCAGUCGAAAAUGAACAUCGAGAGUUUUACGAUGACGUCGCCACAAAUGCAAACGCGUCUGAAGACAUAUCAUCUGAAGGGCAGUAA